GAGCGCUAGCCCUGUUGCGCUCCCAUUUCUCUGUCCAGGUGCCGGGGAGGAAUUUUCUUAUCCCAGACGCGAAAUAUCUCCAGUCGACACAAAGACAACGAGAAUAAAGGGCAGGAGAAGACGUCUGCCAGACAGAUAUGUGAGAGGAAGUGACGGACUUUGGAGAAAAACUGAUUGGAGCCUGUAUGGUUCAUCAAUGAGCAGUCUCUGCCACUACUACUACAUCUACAGCGGCGGCAUCAACUACCUCGGCAGAUGAUUUCAUGGAUUCUUUACCUCCAGGAUGGAAGCCUAUCGUAAACCACGAUAAUACAGCCAAAACCUUAAGUAUAUCCCUCUCUCUCGCUUUCUUCAUCUGCAUUACCAUGAUAUUCUGUGUAAUCUGGAGAAGAGGAAAGAGGCGUUUGAAAGACGUCGAGAAACCCGUUCGCAAAAGUAAAGCAAACUCGAGUGACGAUCUCGAGGUCAUGAUUGAGAAAGAAGUCGAGUCGAAGAGAAGGGUGUUGGCCAGGGCUACCGCUCGUUGGAAAGCCAAUGCUCGUUAUACCUUCAGGCAGAGGAGAGGCAAACGUAGGGCUGUACCUCACACCGAGGGUGAUGCAGAUGUUCCUCCCACAAACACCACUUUAACCGAAAGCUCUCCAUCUUCGCCGGCACAUUCCAGGCGUUCUUCCGUUGAUUCUGUCUUAACUCCAAAAGCAGAUUCUUUUGUCGACCAGAUACCACUCAGCACAUCGAGAGAGCGGCCCUCUCUACUAUCGCCACCAGUAUCUUCCCCACCUGCUUACCUUCAUCAUUCUCUCUCCUCCAACCAUCACAACAUAGCGCCUUCUGGCAAUAUUACACCUACCGCCUCUUAUGUCCAAUCCCGUAGGACGUCAAUGUCAUCCCUCACUCCAGAUGUGCACUGUAUCAAUCAGCCGGCUCCCUACACCUCUUCUCACCAUAUGGCACAUGUGGCAACAGACGACAAGGCCCUUUUAGAGCGAUUGAAUCAACUGGUUAGUGCCCCUGAUGUAUCAGGGCUUUCUACCAGACACGACACGACAACUUUUGCCCCUGUCUGGCAGGACGAAGAAUUAUCCGAUUAUACUGAACUAGAAGAACCUCGCCGAGAGUCCACAUCUACUGAACCUGUAGACAAUACUAGGCACGCCUACCAAUAUCCUUCCCACAAUGGUGGCACCAUGUGCCCCACCAUUUGAACCUUCCGAGAAUCAUAUUUUAGAACACCCGAGUGCCCCCAAUCUACAGGCCUCGGAUGACUUGAAUGGUGGUUUCUUGGAUGAGGGAUCGACCGUAGUCGAGACG